AUGCAUAGGAAUAGUAUUAUCCUGCUAAGGCUUACUCUCGUGCUUCAGAGAAAUUGGGCACAUAGGAAUACACAGUCUCAAGAGGAUAAUCCCACCAAGAAACACCACCAAGACUUAGGACAUGACAGUGCUUUUACUGUCUCGAAACUUCAAGUUGCUUGUCAUUCAAAGGGUUCAUGA